AUGGAUGAAUGUCUUGAUAUUUUUGGUCAACAGACUUUCACGAUCAAUAUUCAGUCAUGUUUCUGCUUUUCUCUUCCUGAUGCUUCCGCUCCUGCACAGUCAGUGGUUAUCAACACUCUUGCCCGAGGCCUUGAGCGACUUCAUGCAAGUUUUCCGUGGUUAUCAGGACAAGUCGUUAAUGAGGGCUCGGGCGAUGGCGAUACAGGCCGGUUCUUGAUUAGGCCGCUGGAAAAUGUGCCGAAGCUGGUAGUGAAAAAUCUUCAGCCUGACUCCUUGGUAGCGACUAUGGAAGUCCUGCGGCGUGCUAAUUUCCCAAUGAGUAUGCUCGAUCAGGACAUUCUGGCGCCGCGGAAGAUUUUCCCCGAAGACAAUUCGGAAUCAGCACCCGUGUUUCUCGUUCAGGCAAAUUUUAAUGCUGGUGGUCUCCUUCUUACAUUCGUCGCACAGCACAAUGCCAUGGAUGCUAUCGGCUUAGGCCACAUUAUCCAUCUCUUUUCAAAGGCUUGCCGGAAUGAAUCGUUCAACGACCAGGAACUUCGAUGCACCAAUCUUCCCCGCCGAAAUAUCGUUCCGCUGCUCGAACACAGUGACAUGAUGGGUGCCGAGCUUGAUCGUUACAUUGUCAAAACCGCGCCAUACAGUAACCCGUCUGGCGUGCGAGGGUCUCUUCUACCGAAUUGUACAUGGACGUCAUUCAAAUUUUCGCAUUGCUCUCUGAUAAGACUGAAAUUGGUCGCCAUGGGAUCUCUCACAUCACCGUCCUUUGUCUCUACAGAUGAUGCUCUCACCGCCUUCAUCUGGCAAUCUGUCGCUCGAGUCCGUCUGCUCCGAUUGGACCCUUCUAUACGCUCUACUCUCAUGCGCGCCGUUGAUGUGCGGGGCCUUCUCGGGAUCUCUCCGUUCUAUCCGGGACCCAUUCAAAGCAAUGUAUACACUGGGUUUACCCUUCAAGAGUUGACUGAGGAGUCCUUAGGAGGUGUUGCUUUGCGGCUUCGAUCAGCCUUAAACGACAAAUCCCGUUUGGCGAACCACACGCGCGCCGUUGCAACCUUUCUCAGUUGCACAUCCGACAAGAGUAUUUUCUCCUUUGGCGCAAAGCUCGAUACCACAACGGAUCUUAUUCUCAGUUCGUGGGCGAAAGUGGAGAGCUAUCGCUUUGACUUCAAUCUUGGUUUGGGGUUGCCCGAGGCUGUGCGGAAGCCAAGAUGUAAUGAGGUAGAGGGGUUGACCUUCGUAUUGCCGAAGACUCUUGAAGGCGAGAUCGUAGUUGCAUUAUGUUUGCGGCUUGAAGAUAUAGAAAGGCUACGGUGUGAUGCUGAUUUCAUCAAGUAUGCGGAGUACAUUGGGUAG